AUGUCCCUCACUCCCUGGCUGCGGUGGACGGAGGCCCGGCCCCGGCUGUCCUCGCGGAGCCGGAGCCGGGCGGAGCUGGUGCUGGAGACGCUGAUGAUGGAGCUGGCGGGGCAGAUGCGGGAGGCGGAGCGGCAGCAGCGGGAGCGCAGCCACGCGGGCCGCAAGGUGUGCACCGGCGCGGACUACAGCUGGCUGGCCAGCACGCCGCGGCCCGCCUACGACCUCAGCCCCGGCGAGAGACUGCAACUGGAGGACGUGUGCGCCAAGAUCCACCCCUCCUACUGCGGGCCUGCCAUCCUCAGGUUCCGGCAGCUGAUGGCAGAGCACGAGCCCCAGGUGCAGGAGGUGUCCCGGCUCUUCCGCUCGGUGCUGCAGGAAGUGCUGGAGAGGAUGAAGCAGGAGGAGGAGGCCCACAAGCUGACGCGGCAGUGGAGUCUGCGGCCCCGCGGCAGCCUGGCCACCUUCAAGACGCGCGCGCGCAUCUCCCCGUUCGCGAGCGACAUCCGGACCAUCUCCGAGGACGUGGAGCGGGACGCGCACCCGCCGCCCCGGACCUGGAGCAUGCCCGAGUUCCGGGCGCCCAAAACCGACUGA